UGUGUGUGUGUGUGUGUGUGUGUGUGUGUUCGUGUGACUGUGGUUGUAUGUGAGCACUCUUUGAAAGUGAACACAGAAGAAGGAAACCAAUUGAAUUAGUAUCAGCUGAGACAAGUAACUUUGGUCACUCCAAUCUAGAAGACCAUGGGUACUGCCCAGAGCAAGGACAAGAUGCAUUGCACCCGCUAUGUCGAUGGCAAGGGCCCUCUGUCAGUCGAGCAGCAAGUGGAGAAGGACCUUGAGGGACGGUAUGGAACUCAACUUGUGGGGGACCAACCAGAGGGUGAGAUGACCCUACAACAUGAGAGAAAGAGUCUGCCAGGCUACCCUAAAGACGACACUAUAAAGAUCAACUUUGCAUUUGCGGAUGGAAUACAAACAGAGAAACAUCCCAGGCCAGGAGAGAAGUAUCAUGGGCUGAAGACAGUGACCUUCUUGCCUCAGAAUAUUAAAGGGGCCGCGGUGGUGCGACUACUGGAGAAAGCUUUUCAGCAGAAGCUGCUGUUUACGGUAGCAACUGACAGCAGUGGGGAGGAGGCUGUGGUUCCCACAGACAUUCCACUCAAGACCAGCUGUGAUGAGUCAGGACCAGAGAGCCUUCGCUAUCCAGAUCCAGACUACCUCACCAAAGUGGUUAAACUCUUGAAAGACAAGGGGAUCAAGUGAGAGCCUUCAGACAGAUGACAACCCUAACCUUUACACAGAACACACAGGAAGGAAUGUGACUAAGUGACGCAGUUUCAUUAAACAAUGCCCAUUUCAUUAAACAGUGCCCAUUAAACAAAGGACCUCAUAAUCUAUUGGCUUGUCUAGAGGAGUCUCAGAAACAACAAUCAGCCUGAGGUAUGUCAGGAAACAAGUGUUCCUCUGUUGUAUUAAAAUACAAUUGCUGUUUAAUCCAUAUUAGAGCAGUUGUAUGUGUUGCUACUUUGUAAAUAUAUAUGUAAAUAUUGAACUAAUUGCUGAUUAGUUGUUUGUAUUUAUGAGAGAGAGAGAAAAGAGAGAGAGAGAGGUGUGAAUUUUGUACCUGGAUGACUAUGUAGAUUCUACAGGCUCUUUGGUUAUUGGUCUGCUUUGAAGCAAAGUAAGGUUUUUACAAAGCUAUUCAAUGUCCUCUGAGAUCAGACAAGAUGCCAUUGGCCGAAAUGUAGUGAAUAAAUGUCUUUUGCAUUAGGGAUUACUCUGAUGUAAGUCAAAAUUCAAAACAUGUUCACAUGCAGGUCGUACCAAACACUGAAAUAAAGUCAGCCUCUGCAAAACUGA